UGUAGACAAGACGUGUUAAUGAGUUCAGUAUUAUUUUUAGUAUAUUAUUACAUUUACAUAAAACGAUUUUUUCCGUCUUAAUUUUUUUAGCUCUACUUAUCAUAGGUAUAUGGUUACGUACUCUAUUAUAAAUCAUAGUAGUUUUACCAUCAGCAGCUAUGGAGAUACCUAAAUAUAAAUGACCAUGAAACGGCCGGCGUAUAAUCAUUUACAACAUUUACGUAAUUACUAUUUAUUACUCACAGACCGCAGUCGUGUAGCUAACUAGUAUUUACUUUUUAAUUUUAGUCAUACUCGUAUUUUUUCAAAGAAGACUAAUUAAUUUUUUUUUUUAAUUUUGAAUACCUUGAUUCGUAUUUAUGUUGAUUAUUUAACAAUAUCGACUUAAGAAUAAGAAAUUUAUUCACUUCAAUAUAAUAAUUGAAGUUUAUAUAAUUUAUCUUUUAAAAAAACCAAAAAGUUUUAAUUUAUUUUUUGUAAAAUGAGUAUACCAGUAGCAAUUGGAUCUACAUUUUUUGGAUGUAUGAGCAACGUUGUUUUCUUGGAACUAUUAGUCAAAGAAGAUCCUGGCAUAGGAAAUUUGAUUACAUUUUCCCAAUUUUUUUUAAUAGCGUUACAUGGCUUUAUAUUCACAGCUAAAUGUGGUACCAAAAAACCGAGCAUUAGUGUCAAAGGGUACAUGAUCUUAGUAGCAAUGUUUUUUGUAACUAACGUUUUAAACAAUUAUGCUUUUGAUUUGAACAUUGCCAUGCCAUUACAUAUGAUCUUCAGAGCGGGUUCAUUAAUAGCAAAUAUGGUUAUGGGAGUGAUUAUAUUAAAAAAAAAGUAUACGCUUGACAAAUUUAUUUCUGUGGGCAUGAUCACAGCAGGUAUUACAAUAUGUACAAUUGUAUCCGGUCAAGAUGUUAAAAAAACUGUUGUACACGGUGUUGUUCAAAACACAUCAGAGUUAGAAGACUUCUUUUGGUGGUGCUUAGGAAUUGCAUGUUUAACUAUUGCAUUAUUCAUUUCUGCUCGCAUGGGUAUAUACCAAGAAACAUUAUACAAACAGCAUGGUAAACAUCCACAAGAAGCUUUAUUUUAUACACAUUUGAUACCACUUCCAUGGUUCCUGUGUUUGUACUCCAAUCUUAAAGAACAUACAUUAAUGGCUUUUGAAAGUGAACCAUUGCCAUACAUAGGAUUUGGUAUACCAGGUACCAUUGUUUAUCUUAUUGGAAAUGUUUUCACUCAAUAUAUAUGCAUAAGUUCAGUUUACUUUUUGACAACUGAAUGUUCGUCAUUGACAGUAACAUUGGUUAUAACAUUACGAAAGUUUGCCAGUUUAUUGUUUAGUAUAUUGUACUUUAGCAAUCCAUUUACUCUAUACCAUUGGAUUGGAACUCUUUUAGUGUUUAUUGGUACUAUCAUUUUCACCGAGAUACCACAAAAAGUACAACAAAUGACUGCGCCACAAAAAGCAACAAAAAAGGCAAAGAAAACAAAAACAAAUUAAAAUUCCAUUGUUAUGAUGAUGGAAUAAUGGCUAUUACAGGAUUAUAGUACAUAUUAAAUUACUUCUUGUUUAGAAUAAAUAAAAACUUAUUAAUUUAUUUUAUUUGACAAUAAACAGAAAUAAUUUACAAACAAAUUAAAAGUCUUUGAUCUAAA